CCUCAUCUAGGAUCUGAGCGUAAAAGUGCGUUGGGCCGGCCAGCAUUACAAAACAACAUCAUUUGCGCGCUUAUCCUGAAGCUCCCCCCCUUGUUGUUCAUUCCCCAUCUGUAAUCGCUCCGAGCUCAGCUGUGUUUUACGUUUAGGCACGCUAACCGAUUGGCCUUUUCUCAUGCAUGUCGUACUUCAAACUCCCGAGCUCCUCAACGCAAUUUUUGACUAUGUACCUCGUCACAGCCUACCUAGUCUGAUCAGGACUUGCAAGACCUUCUUCGAGCCCGCAGCUCGCAGGAUCUGGAAGAAAAGCAACACCCUCAUCCAUCUGGCGAGAUGCCUUCCCGAGUCCUGUCUGGAUUGCGGAGACUACAAACCCGGGGAUGAAAUGCUCAAUGUGGAGAUAAAAUUCACUCGCCCCAUCACUGCCGCCGAUGCUCAGCGAGUGAGGAUAUACGCGGAGUUCGUCGUUUACUUCGAUUUCUUCGACACCAUCAUAGGACUCAGCCCGGCGAAUAUCGCACAGCUUGCAGCUGCAGUAGGCGGGGACGUUCUCCUGCCCAAUCUCCGUCACCUCGUCUACAGCGGACCCAGCCCUCUUUCCGCAGUCUUGCCUUUGUUGUUCUCGUCGGUUAUCUGCGAGGUAACAAUGACACUUGGGGAGCAGGUUCCAAAUAUCGCAGACGCUGCUGCCGCCGAGAUUUCCGCCAUGAACCACCUCAAGGCCCGCGGUCCCGCCAGCAUCACAACUUUGUAUCUCGAAGCCGGUGAGGGCUACCCUCUCGCCAGGCUCCUCGCCGGCUGGGAUAGUCUACAAGAUCUGGAUGUCAGCGGCGACAUCGAUGACGCCGUACUAUUCGCUGUCGCGAAGUUACCUGCUCUUCAUACACUCGGGCUGCGCUGUCGUCGUCCCCUUCCAGUAAGCGUACCAACGCACUGGCGCGCACAAGAGACCAUGCGCUCGCUCUCCCUCUUUGGCGUGCAAAUCGCUUCUGCAGUGGACUACGUCGGCUGCUUUCGGUCGUCUCCCCUGGAGAAGAUCGCCAUCUCCUAUAUUCCAUACGGCUCGCAGAAUGCGCUCAGCGACAUAUGCCAUGCCAUCAGCCAGUCCGGCUGGUUGCAGUCUUUGCAAUGCAUCCACCUCUCUACUGAUCUCUAUACCGAGUCCGACCCCCCGGCCCCUGAGAACGGUCCAGCUUACGAAAUGCGCGACAUCGAGCCCCUGCUCGCAUUUCACGGCUUAACCGCGCUCUCGAUUCGCCCAAUUCGCGUGCUGGCUUUGCGCGACGAGGACGUCCUGAGCAUCGCCCAGGCGUGCCCAAACCUCGAGUCCCUCUUCCUCGGCUGCACCAAAUGGCACGCGCCGACGCUGACCGCGCUCAGCCUCGUCCACCUCGCCCGCUACACACCCCGCCUGCGCGACCUCAACCUCACCUUCGACGCGACGGACGUGAAGGGCAUGGAACCCCCGCCGCCGCAGCUCAUGCUCCUGACAAUGUACGUGAUCGCCUCGCCGAUAGAGUCCGAGUACGCCGUCGCGUCCUUCCUUUCGCGGCUCUUCCCUGGCCUAGAGUCGAUUCGGGUGUACAGGCCGCCGCAGCGAGAGCAGAACCAGGGUGAGGUACAGCGUCGGAAGUUGUGGAAAAGAGUGGAGGAAGCGCUGUCGUAUUUUGCGGAGGCGAGAAGGACUGGAUUCUACGGCGGUGGUGCGAAAGUAUAG